GCUUUUCACACUGGUCCUUCUCCCGUCGUGUCAACCGAGGCUAGCUCAGCAUCACCGCCUUCUUCUUUCUCUCCCUCCUGGUUUUUCUGUCCUUCUGUUCUAUCUUUUCCGUGGUUUUCCCGUCACCGUGAUUCUACACCGGGUGCACGAGGCAGAUCCCUCUUCUCAGACCCAGUUUUUCCCCGAUCAGAAAGCGUUUCUUUGGAUGCUGCUUCCACCGUCGUGCCGCAUCAGCCGGGAGAGAAAAACAUCCAUCCACGACGACGAGGAGGCAGGGUGCGAAUACAGCAACGCCCAUUUUGACACCUACUGUACCUCCACGGUGCCAACGAAGAUAUUCGAGCAUCUCUAUGUCUGCUUUUAUACAAUCUGAGAGGACUCUCUUCAGCUGCAGCCUGCUCUGCCUGUUUGCACCGCCUGUUUAGCAUCCUCCAGCAGCAGAGGCAGAUAUCAACAGGGGCUGGGGGGCCCCUCUGCAUGCAGCGCACCUAGAUCCCAUUCCUGCAGACUGCGUCAGUGGCCUUAACCUCCCACGUCUCUCAGUGGUUAGCGCCCCCUCUCCUUCCGCGCACCGUUCCUCCCCCCCCCCCCCCCCCCCCCCUGCGAGCGCCCCGGCUCCUCAUUCUCCUCGCCGCCUCUCGCCAUCGCGUCCAGCUGUGGCCCUCGCAGGGCGCGCUCGCUGGCUCCCACCUGACGGGUCCCUGGCCUCAGGACGACAGCCAGCACCGACACGUUCCCUACAUGAGGGACAAAGCCACGCAGACCCCCAGGGCCUGGGCAGAUGAGAGGAGGAGGGGCUCUCACAAACGCUCGGCCUCCUGUGGGAGCACCGACCAGCUCAAGGAGUUGGUCUGCUUUUGUCCCCAGAUUGCCAAAUUGCGUCAGCAGCUUCAGCGCAGCAAACGCAGCAGCCGCCAUCGGAGGGACAAGGAGCGCAAGUCCCCGUUCAAUGGCAGCCACACCAUCAUACAGUCGCAGUCGCCCAUGCCCAAGACCAUCCUGAUACCCAUCCCUAUCUCCAAGUCAUCCGCCCCUCGAUUCCGUAACAGUGUGGAGGGUCUGAACCAGGAGAUUGAACGCAUCACGAUCCAGGACACUCCUGAGAAGGAGGAGAUCAUCGUUCCACAGGACGUCCCAGAUGGGCACCGUGCACCCCCACCCGUCCCCCCACAGCGCAGCAGCAGCACCCGCAGCAUCGACACACAGACUCCCUCCGGGGGCGGCCUGAGCGGUAACCACAGCAACUGCAGCAGCCGCCCCGACUCCAUCUCACCCUCCUACCUCACCGUCCUCAACGACAUGAGUGGAGGCAGCCCCUACGAGGACAAAGAACUGGGCCCCUGCUCCCCGCUGCCUAAAUACGCCGCCUCUCCCAGACCCAACAACAGCUACAUGUUCAAGAGGGAACCUCCAGAGGGCUGCGAGAAGGUCAAAGUGUUUGAGGAGUCCAUGCCCAAACCUCUGCAGGAGAUCCCUCCCUUCCUCUGUCCCGACCGCAACAAGGUGAACUUCAUCCCCAACAGCGGCUCUGCCUUCUGCCUCGUCAGCAUCCUCAAGCCCUUACUCCCCGCCCCGGACCUCAAUUUCCGCCCCGGGGUGGGCCUCCGGAGCCAUUCCCCGUCCCUCGUGCCUCUGUCCACCCAGCCCUGCCUCCUGGAGGAGCCCGAGAGCUUCUGAUUGGCGAUAAACUCCCCCCUCCACCCUUCAACACCACACCCCCAACCCUCCACAAAAUCAGAAAACACUGGAAACAACCCUUCUGCUCCGAAACAAAUGCCUUCAGCAUGCCAGCUAAGCUCUCUCUGAUGUCCUUCUCUUGUUGAAAAAGCGCUUCCCACUGCCUCUCCUCCUCAGACGACUACAACGUGAGAGUCCUGCAGCCCCGCGCGGGGGUCUGCAGCUAACAUUUCAUCGCUUUUCUUCUACCUUUAGUGCUGGUUAUGUUCCUGUUUUUAGGAGGAAAAGGGCGAGAAAAAAAAAAAAGGACAGACUCUUUUUUUCAUCGUAUUAUACCAUGGCGCCUUUCCACGGACAUAUCUCUUUUUCUAUCUGUAGUUAUUUCUCUUGAUAUGAAAUAUGCCUUCCAUUGAGAAAAAAAAACAAAACAGGCCGCUUGUUUCUUUGGCGGCCGAGAGUUUGACCACGGAGGCUCAUAUUGGUGCUGCCAGAUUUAUCGUAGCAAAACUUGAACGGUCGUGACAAGGAGAAGUUAAAAAUGUGCCUGAUAUUUGAGACCGCUCAGUUUCGCUAAACCGGCGUAGUGCUUGGAUCAUGUUUGUUCCUUUAGCAUGACUCACGUGAUGUUGGCACUACAGCGGCUGUAGAUACACACAGAAAGGCGGGGACUUAUUAAAACCACCUGUGACUAAUUCCAGACAUCUGUUUUGUACUUUUAUCAGACAUUUUGAAUAAAAUCGACUUAAAUCUGGUACAAAAUGAUGCCUUUGUUCCACCGAUAGUAGCAGAGAACCAGUCCCCUGCCGGUCUGUGUGUAUCUAUGGGAAACACAGGCCAGGGCUAUGAUGUGUGCAGCGUGUUCAACCUAUGUCUGCUUGCCCCUCCUUCCCAAGCGCCCGCCUUUUUCGCUCAAUUUGUCCUCUUUUUACACCACCUCCAUCACAGCCACCCAAACCUUCUGUUCCUCCUUUCUCCAGCUCUCUCUCUCUCUCUCUCUCUCUCUCUCUCUCUCUCUCUCUCUCUCCGUUUCUUCCCCCUCACGGUCACUGUAAUGCUCAUUUCCCUCUGUCUUGCUCAGUGUUGUUGUAAAAUGUGUCCAGAGAGGCCUUGUCCUCACAUGACGCGCUUCCUCUGGCUUGCUUGGCCCCCGAGCGUGGAGAGGCUAGGUGAAACUAAAUACUGCACUGCAGAUCACAAGGAUAGAGGGAUGAGUUUCUGGUUCAAAAUCAGAGCAAGUGAAGGCUGCUGUCAUCAAUGUAUUUAUAUGAACAAGUAAUAUAUAUUUAAUGGGAACUAUUUUUAAUGUAUUGAAUUAGAAAGAGCUGUAAAGAAGCAUAUUUUACCUAAAUACAUGAUGCUCAGGAAGGGGAUGGCGAGGGGUGGCCCGGGCCCACCUCAAAAUCUGAUUGGCCACCCCAAAAUCCUAAAUGAUGAUCGGCUAGUUCCUUUGUUCAAAGCAGCAGCGUAUUUCCUUUUAUAAGUAUUGUAAAUUGCUUCUUCAGUUCAUUUAAAAAGAACUUUAUUUAUUCACGGUUGUGACUUGAUCAGAUUUAAUCACAAAAACAACCCGUCUACUGUCGUCAAAGUAGAAUUCAUCUGUUAGUUAACACUGAUAGAUGCACCAAAGUAUUUUCCCCUGAGCCCCGCCCACUUUAAAAAUAUAGAAGAAUCAAAUUCCAAAGACUUUAAAGGGUUCCACGAUUAUUUGUGUUGAAGGAAAGUUCCAAAGACACAAGAUUGUUAGCUUUAUUUUCACCCUGCCACGUUCAAAAAGCAGUGAAAACACAGAACGCUUUUCUUAUUGGUGACAUGUAUCUAAUCAAAAAUGGCUGCCGGGAAUCAUAAGUUCAUUUGGUUUUGGACUUUGACACAAAACUAGUACAAAACAAACACAACCAGAGCUUUUAUCCUUAGCACGGUGAUAAAGAAGGAACCACUGGGUACCUUAAAGUGGGUAAAUCCUCUGUUUUGGUCACCACCCUGCAAACCUGCAGAUACAGAAUAGGCCACUGAUCACAGACUCACUUAAUAGUUAGCUUUGGGUUAAAAAUAUGACUGCAGAUGUGUGUUUUUUUUAUACACCUCAAUACUUUUGAUACCAUUGAGCGUAAGAAUAAGUAUGACAGCUCUUUUUUCCUCACAUAUAUGAUGCGUAGGAGUCCUCUCAGUGCAGUACGCUGGUCGCCCCGCUCUCCACGCUCCGGCCUGUCUCCCUGUAUAUGUCACUACUACUUGACUGUGCCUGCUUCGGCGGGAUAGGAAUGUACUGGAUCUGUAAAUAUAGAGGCGCACUGUGUUUGUAUUAUCGGCUGACAAAGAUAUGUAUCUGAAUGAGUUAACAAUUGUACCAUAUAGCCCCUCCUCCUCCUCCUCCUCCUGCUUUCUCUCCGCAGAGUACUGUGAAAUACUACAUGUCUCAUUAUUGUGAAUAAUAAUGUAUUUAUUUAUCAGGAGUGUAAUUGGGUCUGCAGAGAAUUUUAAUCCAGAAUAGAUUACAUCGUCCAUCUCAGGUUGUAGUGAAUAGGAUACAAAGAGAAAAGAUAUACUAACUUCUCAGCGCACACUAACAAGUCUACACUACUUUAAGGAGAGCAAACCAACAGCUGCUAUCUAUGUAGCCUCACACUAACAGAAAAAUGUGACUGAUGUAAACCUGUAGCAGAGUAGAAGUAGAGAGAAGUGUGGAUGUCAUUUAUCCGGUGACCUGAUUUGGCAUGUUUCUAAAAGAUAAAGUGUUUCCAAAAUGAGAUAUCCACUUGCUGAAAAACAAUCACACACAGAGCGACAUGUUCCUCUUUGUCGUUUUUAGACGUCUGUUUACAACUAAAGUAGUUUCAGAGUAGAUUCAUACAUGUGAUAAUACAGAUUUAUUUCAGAUACCACGUUUUUUUCAAAGUGGAAGCAUUUUGGAACGAGGCUCCAAACAAGACAACACAAAUACUCUUUGUUUGCUUGUCCAGUUUAUUGGAAACAGAACUGCCAAGUUUUCAUCUGUUAAACCCCUUGAGUGAAAUAAAAAGGCAUAGUUGAAUUAAAUAAAGCGUUUGUGAUUGACUUCA